CUUCGAUCAUUUCCCCAGUGACUACCGAACGGUCUUCCCACCCGCAAGUUCAUUGUCAAUUGCCAUAAACACUCUUUGACACCUUUUCAUCUUGUCCCUUUCUUCUUCUUGGGUAGAAAACAAAUUCGCAUGGCUUGCGGUUUAGGUCAAUUGAUCUUGAACAUCACAGAGAGAGCUAGUUCUUGAGAACAGCAAUCAGCGCGUGUACAAAAGCCGCCGCGUAUUCUGUUGCGCUGUAUACGAUAGAUCUAAGCGCAGUUAUAAUCUAGCCGAAAGAAUAAUAUUAAACUUGGAUAAUAAUAAAGAACCUCGAAAAUUCAGGUGAUAUAUUGUAUGAGUCUGAUCAAGGUUCGACUAUCCAUGAUGCUCUCCCUACCGCUCAUCACACCCCGCGAUUCCCAUGAACUCUGGUUCGGAUUCCCCCAACCUUAUCGUGCCUCAUCCCAACACCAAACAAAUGGAGAGACGCAAGGAAGCCUCCGCCGCAAUGGUAACAAUACCAUGAAUGUACGUCCGUUUGUCACGUCCGCCACCACCGGUAAUGCCUUAUCGUCAUUAGUCGUCGAAGAACGUGCGCUCCGUGCUCGCAAGAACAACAUCGCCUCUUUCGGUUACUCGUGGAUCAAACCUGCGGGAUGCACCAAGACCAUGCUGGGUAUGAAAGAGGAAGAGGCGGAGAGGGAGGAAGCACUAGCUGCGGCAGCUGCAGAGAUGGCAGCGGUCACUACGGUAGCCGAGGCCGAAGCGGGAGCUGCAGGGAUAAAUGGGCUCGACCCACAGCAUGAUGGACAGGAUGACACGGGGAUGGAGAGGGACUUGGACGAUGAUAUUCCUGACGCAGAUGCAGAGGGUCUCGUGGAGGAAGGAGAGGAGGGUCUGGAAGAGGAUGAUGUUGUUGACGAGGAGGGAUACAUGGAACGAGAUCUGGACGAUGAUAUUCCUGAAGCGUUCCCUGAUGAUGACGAUGACGACCAUCAAAUCGAGGACGAUUUUGAUAACCAGCCAGACUUAGAUGAUGACAUUCCCAGUGCUGGAGACAUGGAUGAGAUAGAUGACAUGAGUGAGGAAGACAUGGGCCGCGAUUUGGACGAUGAUAUCCCUGAGGCUGCAGAGAACCAGUCCGACCAAGAAGAUGAAUGGCAACAUACCGAUACAGAUGCCGAACUUGAUGACGAGGAUGAGGCCAGUUUCUCGCAUGAUCUUUUUACUGAAAAUCUCCGAGCCAGUACAGCUAGCAUUCAUGGUCUACCUCCAGCACCUGCUCGCGUUCAAGAGACAGAGGCCCAACGCCGGUUCCUCCAGCGUUGGAGUGGCGGCGGCGAUGUAUUUGACACAAGCGGCAUGAUGAUCGAUGAAGAUGACCUACAUGCAUCUGUUACUAGUCAAGGUAGUCGACGAAGCUUGUUCAGCAGAUUCCCCAGACGACGAGCUGAGGGACCUAGGGAUAGUAUUGACUAGACCCCACUGAUGGCUAGGUCAUCCUAUAUAUUGGCAAAUUUAUCUAUAAUUGGGCUAUCUUUUAGGGUUGUAUGGCGUACUGAAUGCAGGCACAGGUCACAGAUUGUACAUUUGGUGUUCAGUACAAGAAGAUUUUGGGACUAGUGACGCUAAGCUGUUUUGAAGUACCUAAUACCUUUGGUUGUCUUCCUUCUAUCAAUAGACUAUACGGUACGGACUAGACUUGCCUAUUGCACUGUCGCUGC